AGGCGGCGGCAGUCUUCAGUUCACGGCUUGCGGACUCGCCCGGUCGGCCUACGCUAAGCUUCCCUUGCACCAACGGCUCUUCCUCCCACCUCUUCUUCUUAUUCUCCUCCCUCCUCCGCGGAGGCUCCGCCUCCUUUAAAAGCUCCCGUCGCACUUCACACUGCAAUUCACACAACCCUCCUCUAGUCCUCUUCCUUGGUUCCCGUCCAAUCCUACUCUCUUUUUCUCUCCAUCCUUUUUUUUUUUCAAGAACUAGCUGCUUUGGUUGUUCCGUGCUUCUUGCUUGGUUCUUGAGCAAGAGAGCUUAGAAGCUCUUCUUCUUCUUUUGGCUCCUGUUCGAUCCAGUCUUGUCCAAUCCAAGCUCGUUGCUUGGUUGCAAAGGAAAACGAAAGAUCCAGGAGAAACGACAGAAAUAUCCGGAGCGGGGUGCCAUGCGUCCUGUCCAUCAUCGCCAUGGCGGCCGGUUGGUGCUCUGUUCCUGUCCAUGAACACCGCCGUACCAUCCGCUUCACAAAUCAAUCAUCAUCCUCCGUUCUUGGUUGGAGCUAGCUGAACUUGAGUCUCGAAUCGAUCAGUCGCCAAGAAACCGAGAGAGCAGGGAAGUAGCAGAAGCUCUUGGUAGUUGGUAGCUGCGCAGAAUUGAUCCGUGAGGAUGCGGCAGAUCUCGUCGCUGCUGCAGGGGCUGGCCCAGUCGCUGUCGGUGGGAAGGGAGAGGAAGGGGGACAGCGCCGGCGCCGGCGAAGGGAAGGCCGCGGCGGUGCUGCGGACGUCGGGGACGGUGUGGAGUGAGGGGUCGGAGACGUUCGCGGCCGUGUGCUCGCGGCGCGGCGAGAAGGGCACCAACCAGGACUGCUCCAUCGUCUGGGAGGGGUUCGGGUGCCAGGAGGACAUCUUCUGCGGCAUCUUCGACGGGCACGGCCCGUGGGGCCACUACGUCGCCAAGGCCGUCCGCGAGUCGCUGCCGCCGUCGCUGCUGUGCCACUGGCAGGAGGCCCUCACGCUGGCAUCGCUGAUCGACGGCGAGAAGAAGCUCAGCGACUGCCGAUUCGACCUCUGGAAGCAGUCCUACCUGGCCGCCUGCGCCGCCGUCGACGACGAGCUCCGCCGCAGCCGCCGCCUCGACGCCGUCCACAGCGGUUGCACCGCGCUGUCCGUCGUCAAGCAGGGCGACCUCAUGAUCGUCGCCAACGUCGGCGACUCCCGGGCCGUCCUGGGAACCACGACCGACGACGGCGCCGUCGCCGCCGUCCAGCUCACCGUCGACUUCAAGCCCAAUCUGCCCCAGGAGAAGGAGCGCAUCCGGCAGUGCAACGGCCGCGUGCACUGCCUCGCAGACGAGCCGGGCGUGCACCGGGUGUGGCUGCCCAACCGGGAGUCGCCGGGUCUCGCCAUGUCCCGCGCGUUCGGCGACUACUGCGUCAAGGACUACGGCGUCAUCUCGGCACCGGAGGUAACGCAGAGGAGGAUCAGCAGCAGGGACCAGUUCGUCAUCCUCGCCACCGACGGGGUCUGGGACGUGAUCUCCAACGAGGAGGCCGUGCAGAUCGUGGCGGCGACGCCGGACAGGGAGAAGGCGGCCAAGCGGCUCGUCGAGUGCGCCGUCCGCGCGUGGAGGCGCAAGCGGCGGGGCAUCGCCGUCGACGACUGCUCGGCGAUCUGCCUCUUCUUCCACUCGCCGCCAUCGUAGACACGACACCUAUACGUGCUUCAAUCGACGUCAAGGAGAGAACAAAAUGCACAUCUCAAGAUUACGAUUAUUAUGCCCGUCGCAUUCUUGGUAGAGUGCAAAUUGUCGCUGUCCAAUGCUCAGAACGUUCAGUCUGUCGCAUUAUUGGGACACUGCACGAUCGAUGGCCCUGGACGGCGACCAGCUGCUGGCGGUGGUGGAUGACCAAGAAAAAAAAAAUCUCCGGCGUUCACACCGCGCUUGUCAAAAUGUACGAGAAAGAGCACCAGCCACCAACAAAAGGCACGAAGGGGAAGGAAAAAGAAAGAUGCAUUUUGUCCUCAUUUUCGGCGUGUAUGGCUCUGAAUUUCUGUUUUGAUGGCAAAUAGUCACAAUUAUAGUUGUACAUCAAUCAAAAUUGGGUCACAAAUCAUAUCUUUGGCUUC